CAAAGUCCUAUAUCAAGCCCUAACGAAAGCCAUGCCUACAGCCACCACCCACACCAUUCUCGCUUCUCCAUACCCAUCAUACCCUCUUCCCUCCUCUCAACCAAAUCCCUAAACCUUCGAGAAAACCUUCGAGAUAUGCGAAACAUAAACAUCACCAAUCUUAAAUACCGCCAACGUCGACGUCUUUUCAAACUCGCCUCUGUCGUCUUCUUUUCCUGCUUGACGCUCUGGUCACUGGGUCACUACUUCUUCCGUCAUGGCUCCUCCUCUGUCGUCGUUUCUUUUCCAUCAUUAUUCUCGUCACUACUUUUUUCUUCUUCCGUCUCGAGUAGCAGCACAGAAGGCGGCAACUUUGAUGCUUUGAAUGGAGAAGAAGGAGAAGUAGACUACGAAGUCAUUGCAUUAUCUCGCGCCAGGUCCCCCUCGCCUCGGGAAGGAAGCAUGCGAACGCUGACUGAUGAGAUAUCGAACAACUUGUCUCUGGAUGCUGAGACUUGUCGGACUACGUUUCCGGGACUGAUGAAGGAGAUUGAUGAUACGGUAGCGAAAGGGCCGUUCAAGGUCAAGAGGAGCAGUGAUUUGGGGCCGAUGCAGGUGCGGAUAAGGGAUGGGAAGAUGUAUGUGUUGCAUGCGCAACGGAAGAGGGAUUUGAGUAGGGAGAUGGUAAAUUCAAGAACAGCAGCCCUCCAUCAAGUUCACCGCGCCCUGCUCACCUUGCCCCCUUCCGAUCGGUCCCUUAUCUCGGACCUCGACACAAUCCUGACCAUCAACAUCCUCGACACCCCCUUCGGCACCGCCCUCCAAUACACCCGCAACGCUGACCCCGCCCACGCCCCUUCGGAUCCCGAUGCUCGCACUUUUCUCAUUCCUCACUUCUCCUUCUGGGCAUGGGACCUCCCCUUCAUCGGGUCCAUCUCUCGCGCAGCAUCAGCCAUCACCAACCUCGAAAUCACCCAAUUCCAAGGAAACCGCUGGCACUCACACAAAGACCCCCGCGCGGUCUGGCGGGGGACUACUUGGUUCAACUCGAUCCACAACCCGCAGCUGCGAUACAAGCUUGUUUCCACCACCAAGGGCAAGCCGUGGGCGGACGUGCAAUCACUCGAGUGGGCGACGGCGACGACGACGACGAUGGGCAAUGGCGAGAGCAAAAAUGCCACCAACUCGCUAGCCAUCGAGGACUUUUGCAAGUACAAAUACGUGAUCCACACCGAAGGCAUUUCCUACUCGGGAAGGUUCCAGUUCCUCCAGAUGUGUACCUCGGUAACGCUCACGCCGCCGAUCCAGUGGAUGCAGCAUACCACGCACCUUGUCAAACCCUUGUUCUCAAGCGAUCUGGACUUGGACAAGGCUCGGUCGUUGCGGAUGAGAAAGAAUGGCAAGACAAAAGACACCAGGGCCAAGCCGGGAAAGACUGCAAAAGAUGGGAUCUGGACGCCGCAUGUGAGACAUGAGAGGGCGUGGCCAAAGAGAUACGAUCCUAAUGAGGCGAAUAUCGUGUUCGUGAGCCCCGAUUGGUCGGAUUUGGAGGAUACGAUACAUUGGUUGGAGGAGCACCCCAAGGUUGCUGAGGGUAUCGCGAGGAGGCAGAGGGAGUUGUUUGUGGGUGGCGGGUACUUUAGUCCGGCGGCGGAGGCGUGUUAUUGGAGAGAGCUGGUGAGAGGGUGGGCGAAGAUGGCGAGGCCGGAGCAGGGUGAGUUUGAGGAGUUGGGGGUACCGUAUGAGGACUGUUCAGCCGUAGUUGCAUGCUCACAGCUCGAGCACCACUACACCCAUGGGUUCCCUCACUGUUCUAUGCCACCGAGGCGAGAAAACAACCCGCUUUCCUGUAAACACGAUCCCUUCAAACUCCCAAAACGCCAACUUACCGCUCUCGCCCAUGGACCCGAAUGCUUAACCAAAGGGGUACCGUUUCAGAACUCCCCGGUCAUAGUACCUCAAUUACAGAGCCGUCACGCCCGGUCUCCAGUUCUCCCCUAUCCUCCUCAUAUCCUCGGCGAACUUUUUGCUUGUGAUUUUCUUUCCGCCUGUCCCCGAAAGCGGCGAAUGCUCGUCUGGAUCAAAAAAGGGGUUCUGCAACAACUUGAUGUAUGCCGUCUGCAUCGCCUUGAAGACCUGUUCCCUGUGUUAGCAUAUGUGUCCGUCCUGCUUUCUCCAUUUCUUGCUCCUUAUCCCACACCAUCAGGAUCUCCGCCUCUUUCACCAUAUCUUCUUGCUCCCACCCCCCAUCCGGGAACAGCCGAUGGAAGGACUCACAACUUUCAUCUCCCCCUCCCUCAACCCAACACUACUAGCCGCAGCCGCCGCCCCUCCCUGCGUCAACCCUCCCUGUGGUCCGCCUCCUCCAUGCCCACCAGCGCCUCCUCCCCCACCUCUACCAUCAACCCUCCGGCCCCUCAUGUCCACGACCGCAACAAAUUUGGUACCCGUAUUCGUCUCGAACCCGUACGCGGCCAAGCGGUCGUCCACCGCAUGCAACAGACCAAAGUCACCAGACAAGCCCACUCCUGCGGCGGCGUUGCGACGGGCGCGCAGGUCAAAGACGUCCAGGGUCGAGGAGAGCAGGAGGUGGAAUUGGAGGGAGUACAUCAAGGCCGUAGUGUGGUGCUUCCGAGUUUCGAUGUGUGGGUGUGUAGAUCAGGAAGUGAUGUCGUGACUGUUUAG